UUCUUAUAUUUUUUCCUUUCCCGGUUAUUAGCGUUAUGUUACGUAAUUGACCCCCUCAGGCCACCGUCUGCGCCUCCUUUGCGCUUCCCCCUCCCCGCGAAGUGCUACCACGUGCUCUGGUGUGUUGCGUCUACUCUGAGGAGGAAGUGAAACGAAGCCAGUUCUGUUUUGUCUCCUCUUUAUUCCUCCCCCUCCUUAUUUGUUUUAAUGAUUAAAUUAAUGAGCUCACUCUGGCUGAUGCAUUCCUCCAAGUGCACGCAUGCCGGAGCUGAGCCAUAACCAAACCUUCCUUUGGUUCGGCUAAGAAGAAGAGGGAAACCCUUGGAUUGGUUAGAAGUUAAGAAAAUGGAACAGCCUCCUUAUCCCGGGUAUGCCCCCAAUUACUGGAAUUCAUCUCCAAGAGCUUCCUAUUCAAAUCCAUAUCCUGUUGGAACAGAGCUUCAAGGCCAGGGAAUUGAUUCUUCCUACACAAAUGGUGUCUAUGGACCUUCAUACCCAGCUCCUGGGGCAGGACCGCCAUAUCCCAGUCUCCCACAGUCAAACACAUACUAUUCUUCAGAGCACCCUCCUGCCACUUACUCCACAGAGUCUUCUAGCAUAUAUAGAACUCCAUCAUCAGCAUCAAACUGGAAUUACCCCCCUCCAGACUGUCCAGCCGAAGGUUCCAUGAUGAGGAGGCAGGUAGCAGGCUACACCCCUCCACAAGGCCCAGCCUUUCCACUUCCACCCUAUCCGUAUGGAGAUUGCAGUCCUAACAUUCCACAGCAAAGGCCGCCCCCUCCUCAACCAGGUCUCCGGGAUGCCACUUGGCAAACACCUGGCGUUUAUGGAAUGCAGUCUCCCUAUGGUUGGCCCCCUCCCCCAGCAGGGCAAGGGAAUCAGUAUGUUGCAGGAUCUUGGCCUAGCAGUGAUGCGUCUACUCUACAUCCCCCAAAUAACAAUCCAAAGGACUCCUUUAGCCAAAUGGAUCAAGGGAUUAACCAACAUGGUUAUCUUCCUGAAGACAAUAGUUUGCCUUCUGGGACCACAAAUGACUGCAAUCCAGCACAGCUUGAUGUUAAGCCAUCUGCUUCCAACCCCAAAGUGCAGUAUAGUGCACAGCCCCAGCUGUAUGAUAAUGUACAUAAGAAACCAUCUGUGAUUAGCAGUGGAUCGGCUACUAAAAUAAACGUACAGUCUCCAACUAAUGUGCAGCCUGAAAUACAGAAGAUCGCACAGGUUAUGGAGGGAAUUGAACUGUUGGAAGAAGAAGUUGAUGAAUUUGUAGGUAAAAAGACAGACAAGGACUACUGGUUGCUGGAAGAAAUGCUGACCAAGAAGUUAUUGGAACUGGACUCUGUAGAGACAGGUGGUCAGGACAAUGUACGCCAGGCAAGGAAAGAGGCAGUUCAUAGAGUCCAAGCUGUACUGGAAGAACUGGAAAGGAAGGGUCUUUAAUGUGAAUGACAGUCUGAAAUUAUUACAGGUCUCUGGCUUUUCUCUUGACCUCCAAAGCAAUAAGUGGAGAUGUGCAUUUUGACUUUAGAAAAACAAGCAUGGUAAGUUUGAUCUGAUCUAACAAAUGGGUCAGAUUUAGAAUUUAGUAUGGUGAUCAUCCCACUCAAUGAGUAAGAAGGGACGAAAUACUAGCCCUUGUUGUUUUAAGGGUUUUGUUGCAUAGUUUUACCAGCUACAAGAGAGAAAUCAUUUGAGAAAAAGAGACUGGGAUUUACAUCUCAGAAAAUCUCCUGGACCAUCAAGGAUUUCAGCAAGUUACUUGUCGUAUUUGAAACGUAGAAAAAGAAAUCUUUAAGUUGCAAUGCAGCAUCAGUAAAGCCAUGACUUUAGGCUCUUUAGCUACUUUUUCUGUGCAUUAUUUAUAGAUUCUUCCUGUUUGUCAUAUAAAUUGUGUAAUAUCUUUUGGGAUAUAAUAUGUUCAAGUGCAACCAUGCUGAUAAGCCAUGUAUCACUAGGGCAACCAAAACCCAGGCAUUUUUCAUGUUAUUUCUCCCUCAUCCCUUAUUAUGCAAAUAUAAUCCACAUUUGUUUUUCUUUUUUUUUAAAACCGAUAGGAUAAGAAGGAUCCUAGAUGAUGCAUGAAUUGCUGGAACUUUCAACUAAUGAACUGAUUAUGAGGAUUUGGGCCAGGAGAAUUUGGUGAUAAAUGCUUAGUUGUGAUAUAGACUUUAUAUUUUACAAUUGUUUAUGUUUUGGUUUAAUCUGUUAUAGCUGAUUUGAAAUAAUCAGUUCCCAUACCUGUGGAGGUCAGGUAAGGCUACAACCUUAUAUCAUCAGCUCUUCACCAUGGGUCCCUGGUUCAAAAGGCAAGAAAUACAUAUUUUAUUGUUUAAAAACAGGUGUUUAUUGAAGCGUUUUUAA